UGCCCCCGCCGCGGCUGGCAGCGCGGAGGUUGGUUUUUGGAGGUGUCCCUGCUGAAGGACAAAGAGUUCUCCCAUGUGACACCCCAAGGUGCCUUUGAGGAAAGCUCUCUGGACCUCCUUAUGGGCUGAUGGAGAAGUGGGCUCCCCACACCCUCUCUGUCCCCAGCUGAGAUUAUGGUGGAUUUGGGAUACAGCCCAGGCCUGGGCUUCCUGCUGCUGACCCAGCCCCGGAGGUGUUAGCAAGAGCCCUGUGCCAUCCACCCCCCCAGAGACCACCCCUCCUACCAGGGGCCUGGAGCUGGCGGUGACUAUGCGGCUGGGGCUCUGUGUGGCGGCCCUGGUUCUGAGCUGGAUGCAUCUCGCUGCCGGCAGCCGGGGGAUCAAGGGGAAGAGGCAGAGGCGGAUCAGCGCCGAGGGGAGCCAGGCCUGUGCCAAAGGCUGUGAGCUCUGUUCGGAGGUCAACGGCUGCCUUAAGUGCUCACCCAAGCUGUUCAUCUUGCUGGAGAGGAACGACAUCCGCCAGGUGGGCGUCUGCUUGCCGUCCUGCCCACCUGGAUACUUCGAUGCCCGCAACCCUGACAUGAACAAGUGCAUCAAAUGCAAGAUCGAACACUGUGAGGCCUGCUUCAGCCACAACUUCUGCACCAAGUGUAAGGAGAGCUUGUACCUGCACAAGGGCCGCUGCUAUCCCGCCUGUCCCGAGGGCUCUGCGGCUGCCAACGGCACCAUGGAGUGCAGCAGCCCCGCACAAUGUGAAAUGAGCGAGUGGUCUCUGUGGGGGCCGUGCUCCAAGAAGAAGAAGCUCUGUGGCUUCCGGAGGGGCUCGGAGGAGCGAACACGGAGGGUGCUGAACGCCCCUGGGGGGGACCACACCGUCUGCUCUGACACCAAGGAGACCCGGAGGUGCACGGGGCGGAGGACGCCCUGCCCGGAGGGGCAGAAGAGGAGGAAGGGCGGCCAGGGCCGACGGGAGAAUGCCAACAGGAACCCCGGGCGGAAGGAGAACAAGGAGGCGGGUGCCGGCGCUCGGAGACGCAAGAGCCAGCGGCAGCGGCAGCAGCAAGGGACAGCGGGGCCGGUCACCUCUGCGGGGUCCACCUAGGGACACUGUUCAGCCUCCGGGCCCGUGCAGAAAGAGUCCAGCACUUCUCUGUGUGAUGAGAGCUUUACCGAACUCGAGCACUGGGGGCAACGCAUACACACACUCUCCACACAUACACGUACACACAGAUACGUGCACACAGACCCCAUGUCCAAACGUGUAACUGACAUACAUGCAAACGUGUGCACACGCAGACACACACACACACAAUCGAGGUUACCGGAAGACACUUCUGUCCCUCGGACAUCAUUGGGUCAGCAGGGCAGGGAGGCAGAGGGGUCAUCUCUGCCCUGCAGGGGGCCUAGUGGCACACACUUGGUCUGUGAUGCUCCCAGUGGACACAUCAGAGAGAACAUUUUCCAGCGUCCAAGCCCAGACCCUGCAGAGUGGCGGCUUCUGGAGGAGCUGAUAGGAUCAGCCUGGUGUGGCAGACCGCAG